AUGUACGGCGCACUUGCAUGCUCCACAAGGUUCUUGGCGGAUCGCGGAAAUGCCGAGCGACAAGGCCUAGCGAGUCGGCGGGACCUUCUGGCGUCCGGUCGAGUUCGCGCGCGUUCGAGGUUUCCAAACAGCAUUUUUGGCAGGAUUGUUUUCAGGACCUGUGCGGCCCUCUCGGACGCUCUUCGGAGUUCAGAGCCCCAGAAUGGUCUCCCGAGGUCGUUCUGUAGACAAGAAGAAUACCGGCCCCUCAAGGGACCCCCCAAGGGACCCCCCAAGGGACCCCCAAAGGGACCCCCCAAGGGACCCCCCAAGGGACCCCCCAAGGGACCCCCCAAGGGACCCCCCAAGGGACCCCCCAAGGGACCCCCCAAAGAACCCCUCAAGGGAUCCCCUAAGGGACCCCUCAAGAUAUCCCCUGAGGGAUCCCACAAGGGACCCCACGAGGGACCCCACAAGGGAUCCCACAAGGGACCACACAAGGGACCACACAAGGGACCACACAAGGGACCACACAAGGGACCACACAAGGGACCACACAAGGGAUCCCACAAGGGAUCCCACAAGGGGGGCGCAGUGCCAACACCCUCCGCUCUUCGAGGGCGCUUCGGCGCCCCUGCCGACGCGGGCAGGGUUGACACCGGCGCGCCAGCUUGGUUCAAGUCAACAGAAAGGAACCUCGAGGAGAUUUACCAGAAGAAGACGCCCAUCGAGCACAUCCUGCUGCGUCCGGAGACUUACAUUGGAUCCUUGCUGUCCACGAAGCAAAACCAAUGGGUGUUGGAUUCUCGCACGAAGAAAAUUGUGUUCAGGGAGUGUACCUACGUGCCUGGCCUGUACAAAAUUUUCGAUGAGAUUCUCGUGAACGCGAUUGACCACAAGCAGAGAGACCCCGACGGGAUGAAGUGUUUGAGGGUGGACAUCGACGCAGAGGCGGGGACGAUUGCGGUGUUGAACACGGGCGCCGGAAUUCCCGUGGAGAUUCACAGGGAGGAGGGGAUUUACCUUCCCGAGCUGUUGUUGGGGCAUUUGUUGACCGGGAGCAACUUCGACGAUGGAAUUUCCAAGGUGACGGGCGGUCGAAACGGGUUCGGGGCCAAGUUGGCCAACAUCUUCAGUCGCGAGUUUACGGUCGAGACCUACGACGGGCGGUCUAGGAGGUAUUAUCGCCAGUCGUGGUACGACCACAUGACCAAGAAGAGGGACCCCUUGUUGACCGAGAGAGACGGCCAAGACUUCACGAAGAUCACGUUCAAGCCGGAUUUGUCCCUGUUCAACAUGGGGAGCUUGAAGGAGACAGAUAUUUUGUCGGUUUUGUACCGCCGUGUGUACGACGCGGCUGUGUUUUUGCCGACGAGCGUCCACGUAUUCUUGAACGGGGCCAGGGUGCCGUCUGACUUCUUGCAGUCUUACUGCAUGGGGCUGGACGACGGCGGACAGCUGGUGAUUGCGGACGUCGGGGAGCGCUGGAAGGUGGGCGUGGGCGCGGCGCCUUCGCCCGAGCAGGCUUGCCAGCUCAGCUUCGUGAACGGCGUCAACACGUUCUACGGGGGGACGCACGUGAACUACAUCGCGGACCAGGUCAGUCGCUACGUGAUGGACAGGCUGGGAAGGAGGCAGAAGGAGUUGUCGAUCACGUCCGCGCAGGUGAAGCUUCACUUGGUUCUGUUCGUCAAGUGCCUGAUUGAGAACCCGGCGUUCGACUCGCAGAUCAAGGAGAGGCUGAUGACGCCGGUGGAGCGGUUCGGCUCGUCCUGCAUCUUGGACGAGAAGUUCUUGAAGCAGGUCGUGUCCAAAACUUGCAUUUUGGAGUACGUGACCAGGCAGGCCGAGCACCAGCAGAAGCUCGCCUUGUCGAGGUCCUCGGCGCUGCGCAAGAAGAAGCUGAUCGAGGUGUCCAAGCUGGCCGACGCCAACGAGGCCGGCGGACAUCGGUCUUUGGAGUGCACCCUCAUUGUCACCGAGGGAGACUCCGCCAAGUCUCUGGCGAUUUCCGGGCUGUCCGUCGUGGGCAGGGACACCUACGGCGUGUUUCCCGUCCAGGGCAAGCUGCUGAACGUCAGAGACGCCAAGACGUCCCAAGUCGUCGAGAACAAAGAAAUAAGAGACCUGAUCGCGGCGCUCGGCCUCAAUCCUCAAAAAUCGUACGAGAACUGGGACACAGAUUCGAAAACGCUUCGUUACGGAAGAGUGAUGAUCAUGACCGACCAAGAUCCGGACGGCUCGCACAUCAAGGGCCUCUUGAUCAACUUCCUGCACCACUUUUGGCCGCGACUGGUGCGUCGUCCCGAAUACCUGUCCGAGUUCAUCACGCCUAUCAUCAAGGUCACGGCGAAGGGCAACGGGCCCGAGGAACCCAAGUCCUUCUUCACCAUCGCCGAAUACCAGGCCUGGAAGAGCAAGCUGAGCGCGAGCCAACUCUCCAGAUACCGAAUCAAGUACUACAAAGGCCUCGGGACCAACACCAGCGAGGAGGCCAAGCAGUACUUCUCCGACCUGAACAAGCACGUCGUCCAAUUCAAGUGGGACUCGGGCGCCGACCAACUCAUCGACAUGGCGUUCAACAAGAAAAAGGCCGACCAAAGGCGCCAGUGGCUCCUGAGCUACAACCCCUCCACCUUCAUCGACACGAGCGCGGGAUUCGUCGACGUCACCAAAUUCGUCAACCACGAACUCAUCGCGUUCUCUCACUACGACAACGUCCGCAGCAUCCCCUCCGUCGUCGACGGCCUAAAACCCUCCCAGAGAAAGGUCCUGUACUCCGCCUUCAAAAGACGCCUCUUCGACGAAAUCAAAGUCGUCCAACUCGCCGGGUACGUCAGCGAACAAGCGGGAUACCACCACGGCGAAAAUUCGCUUCACGGCACCAUCGUCAACAUGGCUCAAAGCUUCGUCGGCACCAACAACCUACCCCUCUUCACUCCCUCCGGCCAAUUCGGCACCCGCCUCCAAGGGGGCAAAGACGCCGCCAGCGCGCGCUACAUCUUCACCAAACUCAGCAAGUACGCCAGACUGCUCUUUCCAGAAGAAGACGACCAAGUUCUCAACUACCUCAGCGACGACGGAUUCCCCAUCGAACCCGAGUACUACGUCCCCAUCAUCCCUCUAAUACUCGCCAACGGCUCCGAAGGCCUCGGAACCGGGUGGAGCACCUCCAUCCCCACCUUCAACCCCCUAGACGUCAUCGACAACCUCCUCAACAAAAUCGACGGGCACCCCCUGCGCGAAAUGACCCCCUUCUUCCGCGGGUUCAAAGGCCAAGUGCUGCGCUCCAAAGACCACUUCUCCACCACCGGGACCUUCUCCAAACACGCCAAGUCCAUCCACAUCACCGAACUACCUGUCAAAAAAUGGACCAACGACUACAAAAUUUUCCUAGACCACCUCGUCAAGCAAAAAAUCGUCAAGGACUACUCCGAAUACCACACCGACGACCUCGUGCACUUCUCCGUCUCCCCCUGCAACGACCGCCUCCUCACCCUGGAAGACAAAAAAAUCGUCCACCUCUUCAAACUAGAACAAUCCUUCUACACCAGCAACAUGACCGCCUUCAAUCGCCAGGGAUCGCUCCGCAAGUUCCUCAGCCCGCUCGACAUCAUCAACGAAUUCUACCCCGUGCGCCUCGAGUUCUACGAAAAGCGCAAACAAUGGAAAAUCAAACACCUCUCUUCCGUCGCGAAACAACUCAAAAACCAGUCCAGAUUCGUCGAGUGCGUCGUCUCGGGCACCCUCAAACUCUCCAACCAACCUAAACCAUCCAUCGUCAACUCGCUGCGCGCGCUCGGCUUCGACCAACUCUCCUCGCCCCCCUCCUACUCCUACCUGCUGUCAAUGCCUCUCUCCUCCCUCACCAAGGAAAACGUCCUCGCCCUGGCCCAACACUGCCAAGACACCCUCUCAACCCUCAAACAGCUAAACAACACGCUCCCCACCGACAUGUGGCGCUCCGAACUCCUACUCCUCAAACAAACCCUCCUCUCGGAACGCUGCUUCCACCCCCCCACACAAAAAAAAAUAAAAAAAUAA